AUGGAAUUCAAAUAUAAUAAUAGCUAUCAGACCGCCACUGGCACAUUGCUAUUUGAGACCCUAUAUGAAAAGAGUUGCAAGUCUCCAGUAUGCCGGGGUGAGGUUGAUGUGAGGAAAUUGCUAGGUCCUGAGCUAAUGCAGACCACGAAUGAGGAAAUACAGAAGAUCAGAGCUCGUAUGCAACCAGCUCAGAGUAGACAGAAGAGUUACGCCGAUGUAAGACGUAAGGACCUAAAAUUUGAGACUGGUGUGAAAGUGUUCUUAAAGGUGGCACCCAUGAAAAUUUCAAUGCUAAGGAAGUAUAUGACAGACCCCUCCCACGUAGUUGACUUUGAGCCAUUGCAGUUGAAUGACAACUUGAGCUAUGAGGAGAAGCCUGUAGAAUUUCUUGCCAGAGAGGUAAAGACGUUGCGCCGCAGGGAAAUUGCUUUUGUGAAAGUCCUGUGGCAGAAUCACCAAUUCAAGGAGGCUACCUAA